AUGGUCCAGGCUGCGCCAGAUCUUAAAGCACCAUCUGUCACCGAUUUCCCGCUUCCCACCGGGAAAACUGACAAGAAGAAGCGAACGCGCCGGGGUCGAAAGGGGAAUACUAACGACGCCCCGAAGAACCGCAAACCGCUACUGCUGGAGGAACUCGGUCACGCAUUGCUUGACCAGCUCUAUGCUCCCCCGUUGGACGACCAGCUAGUCGCCUCCAAUGCAUCCAUUAUCGAGCAUCUCCGAAGCAAUGUUUCCAAUGCUCCCACCCCUUCAAGUGCCAGCUAUCGAAGUGGAAGCACUCGCACCCUCAUUGACGUCGAUAGCACACCAGCCACGAGUGUGGAUGGCAGAGGCACGUUCGAGCUUUCUCCGGAAUCGAGCUAUUUUUCAUACCUGAACCCAAGCAGUCGUCCUCAAUCAAAAGCGAGCAGCCUUCCGCAAGACCAGAGCGAACAAGAAGACAACCAGGAGUGUGGCGUUUUCUCUCUGGAGGACUUUUCGACCAUGACAGCCAUCCAACGCCUGACAGCUCUAUAUGGCCGAGUGGCAAACAUGGGGAUGUUGGAUCCCAGUUAUCGAUUCUUCGUCAACAAAUCUCGCACCGCAGCCCUUUCCUUCAAAAUCCAAAACCGAGUCGCCAUUGUCGGGGGAGAUCCUCUUUGUGAGCCCAACCCCCUCAGCAUCCAAGGUGUAUUGGACGAAUUCGCAGAAUACCGCCGACAACGUCGCUUGGGGAUAGCGUUUAUGGGAGUGAGCCGCUCUUUUGUCGAGAAGCACGUGAAUCUAGAAGGAUCGAAGACCAGGCGCACCAGCAUCCGAUUCGGGACCGAGCGUGUCCUGAACCCCCAAACCAACGACAUCCUGUUCGAGCGCAGCGGGAAGCGCAUUGCCGUCCAAAAUCGCCAACUCCUUCAUCCUGACAAAGGUGGGAUCACUCUCGGUGUCUACGUGCCAGCUAUGCAUGGGUCCGACACGCAACUCCAAGAGGAGCUCGUUGCCAUCUAUGACGCAUGGCGCGCAGAACGCAAUGGCAAGUCUGGCCCACAAGCAUUUAUCACCGUCUACAACCCCUUCGCGCUCCCCUCCCUCAUGACAUUCGUUUACAGUCGUGGUCCGGAUAACCAGAUCAACGGCUUUGCGGCACUACGUCGUCUUGGGAAUGGGGGCUAUCAUAUCGACCCCUACAUCGCCGCCCCGGGUAGUCCCAAGGGCAUCAGCGAUUUGCUGAUUGUUGCCUCUAUGGCCCUUCUGCACCGAGCAGGCGUUUCGUAUCUAGGGAUGGGCUUCGAGCCGCUGCACAACCUGGAAUAUGAGGACGUUAAUGGCAUGCCGAGCCCGCUGGCACACAUGACGAGGGAAUUUUAUGGGCUUACCUUCCAACGGCUCCCAAUCCAGGGCAAGAAGACGUAUCAUGACAAGUUCCGCCCAGACCCGGAGCAGGACUCUGACCUUUACAUCGUUUUCCCGGAUGGCUUCCCUGGACCUCGGCAUAUGCUAGCCAUGAUGCACAUGGCGAAUAUCAGUCUACGCAAAGUGAUGUGGGCUGAUAUGCAGGGUUGGAUGUCACGACGCAAGUCGAAAGACACACUCUCAGAACCGUCGCCUGAGACUGCUCCGGCCAACAAAGACUAG